AGAUGACUGAUUCUGGCCCAGCAUUGGUCCUAAAUUGGGCUAUGAGGUCUAAUCUUAACGGUUUGUUCUCCGAGGAAAGGACUCAAACGAUCAGGUUUGAGCGGGAAAUUUCCAGGUUAAAAUAAUUCUGCACUCGAAUUCAAAGUACUCCUUGUAGCAUUUUGCUUCUCUCCAUUUCGCUCGCCUUCAGAUAUUCUCGCUCUUCCAGCAUGAGUACUUGCUUGAAUUUCAGUAAACCGAUCAAGGACGCCAUUUCGAGGAUUCGAUUUGCUCCCGUUUCGAACAAUCUCCUAAUUUCCUCAUGGGAUUCGAGUCUUCGACUUUACGAUGUGGAUAAAUGUGAGCUCAGAUUAGAAACUUCUGCUGAAGGAGCAGCGCUUCUCGACUGUUGUUUCGAGAGUGAGUCGAUUGCUCUGAGUGCUAAUUCCGAUGGUUCUAUUCUCAGGUAUGAUAUGCAUUUGGGAACCAGCGAAGCAAUAGAAAAUCAUGAGGACUUAGCAACCUGUGUUGAAUAUUGUGAGGAAACAGGUCAAGUUAUCACUGCCGGUUGGGAUAAAAAAGUAAAGUUCUGGGAUGCACGCAGUGGUAGUUCUUUUGGAUGCUUGAGUAAUGUGGAUGUGGAAGUUGAAUCUGUGUCAAUUUCUGGGUUAAAUUUGAUGGUUGCUCUCAGGUCAUCAGUGCAUAUGUAUGACUUGCGUUAUGGAUUGGUUCAAGCAAAAGAAUAUUUUAUGGACAUAAACAUAAAAUGUGUCCGCUCAAAUUUGGAUUUAGAAGGAUUUGUGGUUGGAUCGACUGACGGACGAGUUGCUUUGGAAUAUCUCGGUAAAUCCAAUUCAACAAAUGAGGGAUAUGCUUUCAGAUGCCAUCCAAAGGACAAGAAUGGACGACAUCACCUCGUUGCAGUGAAUGAUAUUGCAUUUCAUCCAUUUUUAUGUGGUGUCCUCGUUACUGGUGACAAUGAGGGCCAUGCUACAAUUUGGGAUGUCCUGAAUAGGAAACGACUAUUGGAGUUGCCUAGAUAUCCAAACAGUGUUGCAUCAUUGGCAUAUAACCAUGAAGGACAGCUUUUGGCUGUUGCAUCAAGUUACACUUACCAGGAGGCUGAUGAAAGAGAAGAGCAGCCUCAGAUAUUUAUGCAUCACAUAGAUGACCGACAAAUCAAAUCGGCUUCUGCUAGUAGUUCAAAGAGGAAAUGAUUGCGUGAAGACAAUAGAAACUAAGGUCACUGCUAAUGUCUUUAUUGGGCACAAAAUCAAGUUUGCCUCAGACAUUCUUAGCAUCAGUUUCGGAAAUAUCCGCAACCACUAACAUCUCGUUGCUUCAAACACUUUGUUCAAGACCAUGUGAGUUAUCCUCUCCAUGUCUCUCCAAGCACUUUAGAAGCACAAUUAGGUCCGUCGUUGACAUAGAACUGCAUUGUAAACUACUCCUUUUCCCGUUUGAAGGUCAAUUAACUUAUAGUCAUCCCAUCUGGAACUGAACUUGACGAGGUGAAGAAAGCAGCAGGAAAUGUAGAACCUCGGACUUGACCUCACGUAGAAACUCUUAUUUUUGUGCCUGACACAUUGUUUCCCCCUAUCUAUGUUAUGGUGUGCUCUAAUAUUAGGACAACUCUCUGCCUGUACUGAUGUUCUGAUUGUCAAUGUAAUUUGUUGCUUCAGUUUUUACUGCAACUGCUUUCAGCUGUGGCAGUAAAAGUAGUUUUUUUAGUAUUGGUAAAUGAUUUAUACAAUGGGGGAGCCUACAACUCUACA